AUGUGUGAUCCAUUUGCUGUGGACUUCGACGCUGCUCUGGCAUUAGAACGUUCACCCGAUGGUUCAAGCAACGACGAUUUUCAUGGAAGUCUAGACGAUUUCGAAAAAGCCCUGGUCGCUGAAGAGCCAUUAGUUGCUCAGAUGAUCUGUGAACUAGACAAGCCAUCGGGGGCGAAGAGCAAGAAGCAGCAGAAGAGGGAUAGAGUUGUUCGUCUGGAGGAGAUGACAAUUGGUGGCCGGAAACUAUUCGAACCACGAGCGCAGCCGACGGCAAGGCGAGGCAAUCUUGUAACUAUAUACGAUCAGUGGUCUACAGGUCCAAUGUCGUUGCUUUAUCAAGCUCUGAAACACUGCCACAGAAUUGAGGUUCACAUACGUGCCUUAAGUCGAAUCGAUCGAAUUGCAAGAGGGUACUUGGUCGCUUUUGAUCGCCAUAUGAAUGUUGUGCUGAGGGAUGUGGACGAAAUUGCGCUACCAGGG